CCUCCUCAACAAUCCUUCAGUGAUCGUGUGCUGCCAGAAAGGAAAGCUUCAUUCAAAAUGAAAUUCAUCCUGCUUGCUGCCUGCAUCCUUGGGAUGGCUCUCUGUGCCCCUCACGAGAUGUUCAUGGAGUUUGACAUCCAUUAUGCUCCGCCUCAGGCGGCCCAAGCUAUUCCUGCUGGAGCCCCAGUUGGAACCCUGGAAGUUCUCCUCCCAGUUGAUGCCCAGAGACAGCCUGUUGGAGGACCUGUCCGUGGCUUCAUCAAGCAGGAGAUCCCUCAGCCGAACGGUAAAAGCAAGGAAGUGUUCAUCCCCUUCGGCUUUGAGCCGGCAGAUCCUGCUGCUGCUGCCCCUGUUGCUCCUGUCGAUCCCGUUGCUCCAGCAGCUCCAGCUGCUCCUGCUGCUCCUGCUGCUCCUGCUGCUCCUGCUGCUCCUGCUGCCCCUGUUGUACCUAUCAUUGCUGCUGGUGCCCCUGUUGACGGACCCGGGGGAGAUGAUGAUGAUGAUGACGAUGACUAAAAAAUUCGAGUCAGCAGGACGUGCACACUUUUGUGCCCAGUCAGGUGACCAAUGCAUUAAGACCAGCAGCCCACCCCGGUGAAAGAUGGCCAGCCAACAAAGCUGUUUGAAAAACAUGGUGCUGUGUUUUUAAAAAGAAAGUUUUUAGGGAGAAAAUGAUUCUGUCUUUUGAUUCAAUGCAUGUUGGUGUUUCCUCAAUCAAAUUUGCUAUAACUGUGCUUCAUAAUAAAUAAAAUAAAAACUGGUCCA